UUCUCACCUCGCCACCCUGCAGCAUUCACUCACCCACUGCUCACUCCCUGCACUCCUCUCUCCCCUGCUCCAGUGCUCCUGCUCUGCAUCUCCUGCAACCAACAACAUGCAGGGACGCAGGGGCGCCGUCGCUGCGGCAUUGGUGUGCGCGGCGGCGCUGAUGCUCGGCGGUGGCCGCUGCGCGCAGGCGGCGGCGGCGGAGGACAAGAUCGGCGGCCUGCCGGGCCAGCCGCCGGUGGGCUUCGCGCAGUACGCCGGCUACGUCCCGGUGGACGACGCCGGGAAGCGGUCGCUCUUCUACUACUUCGCCGAGGCGGAGGCGGAUCCGGCGGCCAAGCCGCUCGUGCUCUGGCUCAACGGAGGACCUGGGUGUUCAUCCGUAGGAGUGGGGGCGUUCUCAGAGAAUGGGCCAUUCAGGCCUAGUGGCAAUGUGCUAGUCAGGAAUGAGUAUAGCUGGAACAAAGAGGCCAACAUGCUGUAUUUGGAGAGCCCUGCAGGAGUUGGCUUCUCAUACUCCACUGAUCCUUCCUUCUAUCAGGGUGUUGGUGACAGCAUGACAGCCAGAGACAAUUUGAAGUUCUUGCAAGGCUGGUUUGCCAAGUUCCCACAGUACAAGGGCAGGGACCUGUACAUUACAGGAGAGAGCUAUGCUGGCCACUAUGUCCCACAGUUAGCACAGCGCAUGGUUGAAUUCAACAAGAAGGAGAAGCUAUUCAAUCUGAAAGGCAUUGCUCUGGGUAACCCGGUCCUCGAAUUCUCCACCGAUUUCAACUCGAGGGCCGAGUUCUUCUGGUCGCACGGCCUGAUCUCGGAUUCGACCUACAACAUCUUCACGACGGUGUGCAACUACUCGCGGUAUGUGAGCGAGUACUACCACGGCUCCCUGAGCGCGUCCUGCGACCGGGUGAUGAGCCAGGUGACCAGGGAGACCAGCCGGUUCGUCGAUAAGUACGACGUCACCCUGGACGUCUGCAUCUCCUCUGUCCUGAUGCAGUCCCAAAUCCUUUCCCCCCAGCAAGGGAGCAGGGAGCUGGACGUGUGCGUGGAGGACGAGACGAUGAGCUACCUGAACCGGAAGGACGUGCAGCAGGCCAUGCACGCCCGCCUCAGCGGCGGCGUGCAGAGGUGGACGGUCUGCAGCAGUGUUCUUGAGUACAAGCAGCUGGACCUCCAGAUCCCCACCAUCAACACCGUCGGAGCGCUCGUGAAGUCCGGCAUCCCCGUGCUGGUUUACAGCGGCGACCAGGACUCGGUGAUCCCGCUGACAGGGAGCAGGACGCUGGUGAGCCGGCUGGCGAGCAGGCUCCGGCUCAACGCGACGGCGCCGUACCGGGCCUGGUUCCAGGGGAAGCAGGUCGGCGGGUGGACGCGGGUGUUCGGCGGCGGCGCGCUCUCCUUCGCCACGGUGCGGGGCGCGUCGCACGAGGCGCCAUUCUCGCAGCCGGAGAGGUCGCUCGGGCUCUUCAGGGCCUUCCUCGCCGGCCGGCCGCUGCCGGAGUCGUUCGAGUGAUGGGAGAUAAGUUCUUGGUGGUCGUUGAGAGGAAAGCCUCUCCCCCGUGUAUGUUUGUAAGCGUGCAGCUAACUCAGGCUGCGUAUGCCGUGAUCCGGUUGACACUGGCAAACGCAAUCGGGUUCGUCUCCCCAAGUGUAACAAGAUGUCCUUGAAACUGAGAUUGUAUUGUAAGAUGUAGAGAUGCAAUGGAAAUAUGUUCCAUUACACGGGCACUCUUUAGUGCACGUCAACA